AUGAUUUAUAGAGAACCAGUUCCAGAGGUACCUGAUUCAGAGGAGGAAGAAACUUUAGAUGAUCCCAUGGAAAUAGACUUUGUUAAAAAGAAAGAACCCGAUAUUGCAACUAUACCAGUUAAAAUCAAACGCUUAAAAAUUCCAGCAUUGGUACUUGAUAGUGGGGCUGAACCUGCAAUUGUAUCAGAAGAUAUUGUUAAACGUGUAGGUGGGAAAAUAGAUAAAUCAGAAAAAUAUGAUCUCAGUGGCGUUGCUACUGUUCCAACAGAAUCUAUCGGCAUCGCUCGUAAUUUACCAAUAACAUUUUCUCCAGACUUUAAGAAAGAAUUAUAUGACGCUCUCCAAGAUUCUUCUGAGAUAGUUUCAUAUAAUGCUAAAUUGCGGGGUAAGUAUGAAAAGCAAGAAAAAGAAUUUAAUCGGGAGAGGGGGGAAUGGAAUCGAAAGAGAAAAAAAGAGAAAGAGCAGUGGGAUUGGGAGAGAGAACAAUGGAAUUGGGAUAGAACAAAGUGGACUAUUUUUCUUGCUAAUUCUAAAUCCAAGAUUGAUAUAAAAUCCAAGGAAAUUACAACACUUCGGUCUAUGAAAAAAAAAUUAGAAGGUAGAUUAACAUCGGCUCGGAAUGACACAGUUUCAACCCAGGAAGAGAUAUUAAAAAAAAAAAAAAAAUCUGAGAUCGCAUCUCUCAAGUCUGAAUUGGCGAAUUUAAAGAACGAAUUGGUUUUGAAAAUUAGUGAGCUUGAGUGUCAGAAAUCGGAGGCUAUAUCAAAACCCGUAGUUGGUGGAGAUGACGAAAAAAAUACGCAAAUGAACCUAGUAAAGAUCUCAGUCGAUAUUUUGUACGUGGAUCAAGCUGGAAAAAUUAAUACUAUGUGUUUUGACACUAGCUCCGCUAUUAUAUCGGAUCACACUGAUGAUGAGAAUACCCCUAUACCUGAGGAAUCAGUGAUUCAAAACUAUACUCCACCUCCAAAAGUCAAUGCCGAGAAUACUACCAAGGUAUAUGAUGAAAUCAAUAUUAGCGAAACUAACAAGGAUAAUAUGUUAGAUACAUCGAUAAAACCCAAUGUAUCACAGGUUAUAUCUGAAAAUGCGACCCCGCACUUUGCACAAUGGGAUAAUAAUAUAUCCUCAUUGAUUGGAUCACAUUCUCGGAUUUUGGUGGGAGGAAUAGAAGCGAUCCCUGUUGUAGCAAGUACUUUGAUGUCACCGUUAUCGGCAUAUAUCUUUCUUACCUUACCUUGUUAA